GCGGCCGAAAAGACUUUUAUCUGCCCGCGGAGCCGCUGCUUCCUCUUCUUCCCACCUGCUCGGGCGCGCGUAUGGCUUUCUUCGGCCUGUCCCGCGAGACCCUCCUGGGGGCCACGGCGGCUGGCGGGGCGGCGCUGGCGGUGGGCUUCCUCGUGGGCAGAAGAUACCGCGGAUCAGAUUUGUUUGCCUUUGGCACCUCCGGCCAUUCCUGCGGCUUCUUGCACGGGAGCGAAAACCUGCACAAAUACGUCUUGGAUCACUCGGUACGAGAGCACCCACUUUUGAAGAAGCUGAGAUUGGCUGCAUCUUCUACCCCUGGCAAAAAGCUGUGGAUCUCUUGUGAUCAGGCGCAGUUGGUAGCAAACCUGAUCAGGCUUGUUGGAGCAAAAAAGGUAAUUGAGAUAGGAGUUUCUGCUGGGUACAAUACUUUAAGCAUGGCGCUAGUCCUACCAGAAGAUGGCAGAAUUGUUGCCUGCGAGGUCAACGAAGAUACGGCCAGUAUCGGAAAGCCAGUGUGGAAAGAGGCUGGAGUUCUACGUAAGAUCGAUCUAAGGAUAAAACCAGCCAUUGAAACAUUAGAGGAACUUCUAGCCAAUGGUGAAGCUGGAACAUUUGACCUGGCUUUCAUCCAUGCUGACAAAGAGAGUUACAACGAUUACUACGAAAAAUGUUUACGGCUCAUUAAAAAAGGGAAGAUAUUAGUGCUUGACAAUGUUUUCGUAUCGGGGAAAGUACUUAAACCAGGCAAAAAUGAUCGCGCAGCCCAGCAUAUUCAUCAGCUAAAUGAAAAAAUCUUCCACGAUCCCCGUGUGAACAUAAGUAUGAUCCUGAUUGGAAACGGGAUAACUUUAGGGUUUAAGCUAUAGUUAAGGAGGGAGAAGGAAGGAAGGUAGGAGGUGCUUGAGCACUCUCAGUCCUCAGUGAUAAUAAUUUAGAGACGUGAAAUGGUCUAUUUCAUUCUUAUUUCCUUAAAUGUGUUUAGGGUUGCAUUGUGUAUUACACACAUUUAAAAAAAAAAAAAAAGAAAGCCUAAAACGUCCUUUCAGUUUUACGCAUCACUUCAUUUAUCUUAAUUAUUAUUUACAAAUAACUCCAGGUGGAAAAACAUAUCCAAGAGACAUUCCUCCUCUUUCUGUUUUGCCCACAACAACCCUGUGAGGUGAGUUGGGCUGACUAAGAGUAACUGGCCCAAAGUCACCCAGCUGGCUUUCAUGGCUAAGGC